AUGAGGCACAUGCGCAUGAUGCGUCGAGGUAUGCCUUCCAAUGAUUUGGAGCUGGCAGUGCACAAUCUGGAGUUUCGUCAAACCGGUGCAAUGUGCAAUGUGGAGGAGGCCGAUGCAUAUUGGCAAACCCAUCCGUUCGUCCACUCGGUACCAUCCACGGAAAUGCAGGUACAGGUCAUGCAAGCCGUGAAGGAGCUGAAAAAAAUGUUCUUGUUCGUGGAUGUUCCGCUUGUUCUGGUGCGUGACGUACUUCUUGGUUGGAGGCGGAGCUGCUUUGCUGUGCCGGGGAAGUCCGGAGCCACCGUGGCGACUUUCGGCCCCUGGUUGGCAGACCUUGGCUUGUCGACGGUCAAGAAGGUUUUGCGAGCGAAGGGCCAUCAGUUGGAUGAAGAUUGCCCGCAUGGCCCGACGGAGCCAAACUGCAAGCUCCGAGCCCGGCUGCACAUUGACAAGAGCUGGGUGCCGGUGGAUUUGCUACUGUUUCGAUUUCUGACCCUCAAGGACCGCUGUGAUGUCUCGAGCUGCGGCACGGGCUGCCGACUGUGCCCGCUGGCCUUGGAGGUGCCGGGGAACGCGAAGGCUAGCCGUCCUGUGCCCAUCCGGGCCUUCAGACUUGCGGUUUGGCUCAACGACACCUUCUGGAUACCGGCGGAUGUAGACCGCUACCUCGCGGUGGAGUACGGCCCGACCUGGUAUGAAUUCAGCGAUGCCCUGGUUCCGAUGCCGAGCCACGCGGCGCUCGCCGAGCGUGUCCGCGAGAAGCAACCCAGCCUCCCUUCGAAAAGCCAAGUCUCAGGUACGCAAAAGCUGGUGGAGACAGCCAGUUGGGAGAAGAUCGCAGCGGCCGUCGGAUCUGAGUUGGACUUGUGGCAGCGGUAUUUCCCGGAAGUCAGGCCAAGCACAUCGGUGGGCUCCCUGUGGCAACAGAAGCCGGAGCCCGACCGGGCUUUGUGGGACCUCGUUCGGGGGCCAGUCGCAGCGGAGCAGAACCUGUCACAUGGAUCGACGAGCGUUUGGCUGGUGGUGGGCGGGCUUCUUCUGGCGGCCUCGCUCCUCCUCCGCGAGGCCCCGGUGUCUCUGGCUCUGGCAACUCCCGGUGCUUACGGGGCGCCGCCGGUCUUGGCCUUUGGACUCUACUGCUUCCUGUGGUGCGUCCGAGCCCUCCUCCAGCGCGCUGCUUGCGAGGAUGGUGGCAACCACUCUCCGCUCGCCUUCUCUCUGGCCGUGGCCUUGCUACAGUGCUGCACGUCUGCAGGCCUCCUCCCGGCAAUCCGUGCCGUUGGCGGCGCCAAGAGCUUCAGGCAGACUUGGUACAGCCGGCCAGCAGGAGUUCCGGUGUGGCAGCUGACCGUGGCGGCAGGAGCAGUUCAUUCUGUGCGCGUUUGGCUCUCCUUCGUCAGCCUCAGCUACUUGGACCCUCUCUCCUUCGUCCUGCUGACGGCCUUUGAGGUUUCCAUAGAGCGUCUCCUGCCCUGGCGGGAGAGACCAGGGCAGCCGCAGGGGCAUCUUCGCUAUCUUGCCUUGGCGAUGGCUUUGUUGGCCGCCCUGUGCCAAGGAGAGGAGCUCUGGCGUGCCGCGGGGGCACGAAAGAUGCUCGGCGUGGCGGCGGCUUUGGCUUACGCUCUCCUCGAAACGCCGUCGACAUUUCUGCACAACAAGUUGUCACGUCUGGACAUCUCGAAGGAUCUCAUGCAACUGGGACAGCAUGCCGCCGGCUUCCUUGUCCUGCUUGCCUGCGGCCUUGCCUUGUUGGACCUGCCGGCGUCAUUGGGGAGCCUGUGGCAGAGUGCGCUGGCCUCCAGGUUCAUCUUCCUCUGCGGCCUAUGCCUGGUGGCGCUGAAUGUGGGCAGCCCUUAUCUGCUCGAGGAGGUGCCCCAGCCCCUCGCGCUGCUGGGGCCUGGCGUGUGCCUACUCGGCGUGGCAGUCUUGCAGAUUUGCCUUGCCGAAGCCAUGGCAAUGCCGGCUCCCUCCUCGCGCACUUUGCAGGCCCUGCUUCUGGGCCUCAUGGCCGGCGUCCUCCACGUUGCGGCAGGGGUUCCGAAGGGGAAGGCAACGCCGAUUCCGCCCGCGGCCAAAGCAACGCCAAGGCCUGCUUCAGCCAACCCGGCACUGCAGGAGCUCGGGAAGGGCCGCAGGCCACCAAAACCGAAGGCGCCCCUCUCGGCUUGCCGGAAGGACUCCAGUGAGGUUGGCAGCACCGCGACGCCUCCGACCAGCAAUGACGCAGCCAGCAGCGAUGUGGCCGCAAGCAGCGACCGCGGGCUGGAGUCCGACUCGGACGCGCGGUAG